CCCUCCUCUCACUCCCUAAAGGAGUUCGCGGGGACAGCCGGGCUCCUUCACUCCCUCCGCAGCCCCCGGGGCAGCGCGAUGGGCGCCGGCAGCUCCGCCGAGCCGCCCGCCCCGCAGGACGAGCCCCCCCGCAGCCCCGCCGAGCCGCUGCCGGCGGGAGAACCGGCGGACACCGGCAAGGUUUUAGAUGCAAGUUUACCAGUACCUGAUGUUAAUGAAGACAAUGAGCGUGAUGCCGCACCACAGGAGCCACAGCAGCCAGGAGCUGUUACAGCACCUCAGGAACUGGAUGGGCAGCAGACAGAGGUGACUUCACCCCUUCAAGAACCACCUGGAGAGCAAGCAGAGGCCACUGGAACAAAUGUUGGACAGACGGAACAUUCCAGUGUAACUUUGAAGGAAGACACUGAAACUAUGGAGACAAGUCCAUCUGACUCAAGUGCCAAGGAUGGCAUUGAUGCUGAGAAAGAGGAUGCUCAUACAGUUAAACAGUUGCCAUCUUUGGAAGAAGAUUCAGAAGAUGCUGACCAUGCAACUGAGCCACAGUCUUAUGAUCUGGGUUUUAAAAAGGUUUUUAAAUUUGUUGGAUUCAGAUUCACAGUAAAGAAGGAAAAGACUGGAAAAUCUGAACCAGUUCAACUGCUCACUGUAAAAAAAGAAACUGAAGUCCCUGAAGGAGCUGAUGAUCAAAAAGAAGUCAGCUUAGAAGAAACAGCAGCAAUGCCUGAGGAUACACUCUCUGCAGGAGACAACACCAAAGACACAUUGAAAAAUGAAAAAACAGAGGACGAAUCUCCCAAAACACCAGAAGCAAAUGAGGUUUGUUCUCAGUCAGCUGCCUUAGCCACCGACACUGCGUCACCGUUAAGAAAAUUUUUUACUCAGGGAUGGACUGGAUUUAGAAAAAAGAAGAGUUUUAGGAAGCCUAAAGAAGAUGAACUACAGUCCCCUACUAAAGAAGAGGACCAAGGAAAAGAGGGAGCAACAUUAACCACUGAAACUAGUGAAAAGGAGAAGAAAUCUGACUUGGAGAAGCAAGAUGAAGAGAAAAAUGUGACAGCAGUAACUAUCGAGGCACAUGAGAAGGAGCAAACUGAAGGUGAAAAGCAAGAGUCAAAAAAGACUGUGGCAGCCGUAGGAGAUGAAGCAUGUGAGAAGAAAGAGCUAAUCAAACAUGAUGAGGAUGGACAAAAAGAGGAUGUAGGAGCAGCAGUUGUUAAAGGAAGUGUGAAGGAGAAAAAAGCUGAAGAUGAUCAAGAAAGGAAACCCGUGGAAGUCUCAGAAGAUCUUGGUGAAAAGGAAGAAAAAACUGAAGAAGGAGAGAAGGAAAGUGAGGUGACAGACAUACCGCUGAAAACAAGGGCUGUGGUACCUGCUAUCACUGAUGGUGUGAAUGGAGAACUGAAAACAUCCUCAGAAGUCCUACCCAUGGGAGAAAAAACAGAGUCAGCAGGAGUCAAGUGUGAAACAGAGGACAGAACUGAAAUAUCCCCCGAAGAGAAACUUGAAGCAGAAUCCCAAGCAAUUGAAAUUUCUAGUGAACAACUUAAAAAAUCUGAAGGAAGAGGAGGGAGUAAACCUACUCCACUAGAGAAAGAAACAUCUGAUGAAAAAGCAGAGGAAGCAGAAUUUAAAAUGUCACCCACAUCAGAAGACAUCACUGCAAAGUUAGACACACAAGGAGAAACUCAAGAUAGAACCACAGAGAAGAAAGAAAGCAAAGAGCAUGAGACAAAACUGGCUCUGGAUGCUCCUGGACUGAAGUCCUUUUCUACUUCUGAACAUACAGUUGACAUAGCGGAUGAUCAACAGCCAAUCAAACCCAGUGAUGAAGGCAUACAGGGAAAAAACGGCACAGUUAUCACUGAUACUAUCAAACCAGAUGAAAUAACCACAGAAAUAACUCCAGAAGAGGCAGCUGGAAAGAGGCCCCCAGAAGGUAUCACAAAUGAAGUUGAACUGCUGUCUUCUCAAGAAAAAACUAAACUGCAAGGCAGUCCUUUAAAGAAACUCUUUACAGGUACUGGGUUAAAAAAACUGUCUGGAAAGAAGCAUAAAGGCAAAAGAGAAGAAUCUAAGUUAGGGGAACAGGGUGAACCAAUUCAGCACUUAUCAGAUUCCCCAGAUAGCCCAGAGGAGCAAAAGGGGGAGAGUUCUGCUUCUUCUCCUGAGGAGAUUAAUGAAAUUCCUUCAUUAGAAAAAUCUGUAGACGGAAUGCAAGUCACUGAAAAUGAAGAUGCUACAAUUUCAGAUGUGGAGCGAAAAAGAGAAACUGUUACACCCUGGGCAUCAUUUAAAAAGAUGGUGACUCCUAAGAAACGCGUCAGAAGACCUUCUGAAAGUGACAAAGAAGAAGAAAUUGAUAAGACAAAGAAUGCUGCAGUGCCUGCAACUGAAAGUGCUGUUGAUGAAAAUCAAGGAGAAGUAAAAGAAAAUGGGAUGGACCAGAAACCAGAGAAAGCCCCAGAAGAGCCCAAAAGAAAGGUUGACACUUCUGUGUCCUGGGAAGCUUUUAUAUGUGUUGGCUCUUCAAAGAAAAGAGCCAGAAGAUCAUCAUCAUCUGAUGAAGAAUCUGAACAUAAGCUUGGCCAAGAAAGCCAAAAAGUAGAAGAAUCUGGACAGAGCAAGGAAACAGCCACGGAUGCAAUUUUUACUAGUUCUCAGGAGAGUGAUCAAGGACAAGGGAAUUCUUCCCCAGAACAAGCUGGAAGUCCAUCUGAAGGUGAAGGAAUUUCAACAUGGGAAUCAUUCAAAAGGUUAGUCACACCAAGAAGAAGAUCCAAAACCAGAAUGGAAGAAAGAACUGAAGACUCUGUUGUGGGAUCUAGUCUGGAGCAUUCAACAUCAGAUGGUGAGCCUGGAAAAGAUGAAUCAUGGGUUCCAUUUAGAAAACUGAUGCCUGGGCGUAGGAAGAAAAAGUCAGAUGGGAAGCCAGAACCAGCUCAUCUUAAACAAGCAAGAGAAGACGUGGCAGAAACAACUGAAGAAGAUUCUGAUAUUCCAGCUGUUGUUCCUUUAUCUGAAUAUGAAGCAGCAGAGCAGGAGAAAAUUGAAGCCCAACAAGCAAAAGAUGCUGAAGCAAUGAGAGAAGGAACCUCAGAAGAAGAGAGAGCAGAAAAAUUAGAGGACACCCUAAGAAUUGAGCAAGCACAGGAAGGGCUGGUGCAUGCAGUUACUGUUACCGUUGUGGAAGGGGAAAGGGCAGUUACCAGUAUUGAAGAAAGGUCACCUUCUUGGAUAUCUGCUGCUUUGACAGAGUGCAUUGAGCAGGCAAAAGAAGAGGAAGAGAAAGAAACUGAGAAAAUAGUUGAAUCUGAUGUUAUUGUGGAAGAAGCUGUGGUAGCUGCUAAACCAGUGCCAGAGGCGAGAAAGGAUAUAAGUGAUGACACCACAGCAAGUGAGCUAGAGCUAACCUCAGAAGCAGUGACAGCUCUGGAGGAGACAGCAGAAGCUUCUUGUGCUGAAGAAAUAAUUGAAAUGUCUCUUGCUGAGGAAACAACUGAGAUGGUUUCUGCUGUUUCACAGUUGCCAGAAACCCCAGAUACUACAGAGGAAGUCACACCCGUACAAGAAGUGGAGGCAACUGAAGAAAACUUGAAAGAAUUAGACAAACAGACACAAAAAGUUCUUCAUGAAGUUGCUGAAAGAGUAAAGUCAUCAGAAGUAGCCCAGCUGGUUAGUGAAAGAACUGUAAUUGCAACAGUGGAUGGAGCUGAAUCAGAAGUGAAAGAUGAUGCUAAAGAUGAGAAAGUUGUAGGUCAGGAAACUACAUUGCUUGAACAGUCCUUGAAAAAAGAACAACAUAAGGAGGGUGACCUCCAGGGCCUGGGAAGUGCUGGGAGCACUCAGGGCCAAACUGAGGUUGAAGAAAGUGUUCUACAGGAAGGUACAGUGAGAAGUGAAAUAUCUGCUGCAAUAAAAGAAAGCACUGAAGGAUGUGAAAAUGUAGAUGUGUUGAGAGAUGAAACCCAGUGGCAGGCAUAUGAAAAGCCAGUUGUAGAAGACCGUGAAGAAAUAUCUGAAGUUCAAAAGACAGAGGAACCUUCAUCUCAAGAUGGAGACUUUCACAUUAUCAAAGCAAUCACUCCCAAGGAAGAGCCGUUUGCAAAGCAGGAACCUUCAGAGCAAGAGAAACUGCCCGUAACAGAUUUGACAGUAGAUGAUACAAAAGAUGAAUGCAUUCCAGAAGUGCAGACUGCAGAUGAAACCUCUGCCUUGGAGCUUACAGCAGAAGAGCCUGUGCAGCUGGAAGGAGACGACAAGACCCUCACUGUGGGACCAGAGUGCACAGAAGCAGUUGCUACUGUGGUCCUCGUUAAACCUGGCAGACAAGAUGAAAUUCCUGACUUAGACCCACAAGACCAAGCUUGUAGUAAAGGAGCUCCUAGCAGGCCAUCUGCCCAGGGAGAGGAAGAGGAAGAUGAUGGUGUGCUCCUUGGAGUAAAAAGCACAGAAGUCACUGUUACUGAGGUUCCUCUGCAGGAGGAGGCAAAAACUUCUGUCCUUUCUUUGGAAACAGUUGGCUCAGAACCAGCUGCAAAUGCUGAACAAAGUGUGAAGGAUGGGGCUGACAGGGAGAUUACAGUAACAGAAUCUGUGCCCAUCCUAGAGCCACAAUGCAGAGAAAAAACACCUGAACCUCCCUCCCAGAGUGAUGAAACUGAAGGUGGUAAAAUGGAAGAUGCUGUGCUUGAAACUGAAACACAUUUAGAGAGUGAUACCACUGUCACUGAGGUACCCACACAGAUUGAAGCAGACAGCCUAUCUAAGUUGGCAUCAACAACCUCGAGUAUCACUGAUAAUGGAAGCACUGUCCUUACUGAUAUAAGUCCUAAGGAAUGUGAGACACUAGGCAGCUUAGCUGAAAAAGAGACUGUGAAAAAAGAACAAGAAAUUGUAGAAACCUCCAACUAUGAAGAGUUUCAGAAAGAAGAUAACAGAAAAGACCAAUCAAUUGAAACAACCAAAGAAGUAUUUGAAUCUGGAAAACAGGAAGCUGUGGGAGGUGAUGAAUGUUCAAGUGCUGUCCAGCAAGAGGUUGUAACUGUGCAAGAAGUAGGCUCUGACUCAGCCAUCCAACAAGCUGAAAGCUUGGAGGCUCUGAAAGUGCCUGUAGCAGCUGCAGCAGCAAUUGAAGAGCGUGUCGUGGCAGGAAACAUAGCACACACAGACACGACAGCUGAAACUGUGCAGUCCUUGGCAACCACACCAGAGCAAAUGGCUUCUGAAGAGGUCCCAGUUACUAUUGUUGACUCUUCAGGCUGUGGGACUGCAGAGCUUGGUAGCGCAGAAGUACCUGAGCCUCAAGUAACUCCUGCUUCCAUCAAUGGAAUACCAGAGGAGCAAGAGAGGCCCCAGAGUACAGGGCAACCUGAACAAAAUGGUAUUCUCCUAAGCGACAGCCUGUCUCUCACCGACACGGAAUUUGAGAAAGAUAUUUUUCAGUCUGUGACUAUAGAGUCACAGAGUACGAAAAUCGUAUUGAAUGCCAUCCAGACGGCUGUUCACAAACUUGCAGAAACAGAAGAGUCAGCUGCCUUAGAGUCAGAGCAGUGCACUAAAUCCACAGGGAAAAGCCCAUCAAAUACAAAUAUACCUGAGCUUCUGGAAAGUACGCAGGUGGAUCAUCAACUCCUAGUAAAAGAGGAAGAGGGAUGGACUAAAGAACAAGAGCUCCAGCAAUCAAGAAUAGUGAAAACUGUUACCUUCACAGAUUCUGCAGAAAUUCAUGCAACUGUAGAAAAAACAAAAGACAUCUUGUUAACUUCUGAGGUGCUGAAAGAUGGACAAAGUCAGAGUUCUUUAACAGCUGUGACUAGCCCUGAAGACAGUUCAAGGGAAAGUGUGAGACUUCAGAAAUCUGAUGUACUUAGUUCUAGUGUUGAAGAUUCAACCAAAGACCCCCUAGACAUACAUCCACCACAAUUAAGAGAGAAAGAGGUUGGGCGGAUUAUGGAAAUCCCAGACCAACAUACAGGUCAGCAAACAUGCAAAGAAAGCAAGGAAGAACACCACCCACCAGCGGAAGAUGGGAAAACGCAGUCGUGGGAGGAUGAUAGCUGCCAAGAAGGAACAUCUUGUGAUAGUCCACAAAGUCAGAACUCAGUGGUUCCUGAGGCCUUGAAUAUGUGCUAAGCAUCCAUGUGGCAUUUGGAGAGUUGCCAGUCCUAGAGAACAACUGACAAUCCUGCGACAAAACCAGGAGCUUUAUUUGCUACUCUUUAUUCUCGGAUGCUAGCAUCUGUUCUUUUGAAGACCUCACCUUUUUUUCAUUUCUAUUAAAAAAAAACAAUGCCUUUAAUGUUGGCUAUUCCCACAUGUGUGUUCCAUUCAAAGGUCAUUUGCCUCUGCCCCAAAUAUACCAUUUAGACUGCAGAUGCACAACUGAGUGAAUGGACAGACCACUAAAAUUUGUGCCAUGGUGACUACAGUCCCCUCACUUAACAUGUGUCCUGUCCGUCCAAUCUCCUUGAAUCCCUUCACUCAUCCCUGAAUCAUCCUACCUUCUUUCUGUCACCUCCCUUACUCCCCACAUCUUCCGUAGCUGCCUUGAUUUCACCUACAAGUGGCUAUAGAUGCUGCUCAACUUGUGUGUGAGGGGGAAGAGGAGGUCUGACUGAUGAGAACACGUGAGACUUUAGCCAAGUAGCAGAUGUGUCUUUAUCAAACAGCAGGAACUGGAUUAUGCACAGAUUCUUGAGCCAGAUGCUCAAGGUUGCUGCCUUUCAGUCCCAUUCAGGUAUCUCUAUCCAUCCUUCAGCUGUAUUUAUGCAGGCGUGAUUUGGUCAGAAAUUACUUCUACAAUGUAGCUUGGAAAGAGGUCGAGAAUACCCUUCUUCUGUUCCAGACUUCAGGUGUCAGGACUGGACUGUAAUGUGCUGAAUAUUUAUAUGUACGUCUUAAGCCCAGUUCUGAUUUUAAUGUAGAACUAUGAUACUUCUGUACUAUUUAGGUGUACCCUUAAAUGAAUUUUGUAGAGUAGCCUGGACAGGAAAUUGAUACCAUUGGAGUGGAAAUUGAUAACAUGUAGUUUCCUAUUUAUUAUUCCAGGUUUUUCCCCUUGUAAAAUCUCUCACAAACUUUGGCUGUCUUGCUUUGAAUAUUUAUACAUAUAUCAUAAACCCAGUUCUGAUUUUAAUGUAGAACUAUGAUAUCUCUAAAGACGAAAGGAGAGCCCUGACCUGUGUCAGAUCCACCAACCACUUCUACUUCCAGUCUUCCCUGGUUUCUGGGAACCCUCCAGACUUAUCAUUUCCCUGCACUCUUGCUCAUGUAGCAACCUCAGCAGUACCACAUCCCUCAAAUCAUGUCCCUCUCAUUUCCAAGACUGCUCAUUUCUGGUCAUUGCCCCAUCCAACAUCAAGCCUUUAGCCACACCUACAUGGUCUAACAUCCUUCCUACAUUCAAUCUUCCCCCUUUUCCAGCCCCUGCCUAAACCUCUUUCCCACCACCACAUUUUCCAAAAUCCUCCCUGCCCUAUCAAUUUCCUAUUUUUACAGAGGGAGGAAUAGGAAUGAGGGUAAGGGCUUGGUGGUGAAUUCUACCUUGGACUGCAAAAAGUUGAUGAGACCUUUGGAUGGUGAGAUUUUUAAAACUUCCAUGUGAGGUGGAUUGGACUGACAACAGCUGUAGAGCAGAAUGAGUUGGGUGAUUUAAUGAUGGAACAAAGCCCCAAGACUGAUAGUUCUGGGAUUUCUGUUCCCAACAGGAGUUGGUACUCUCUGUUGUUUACAUUAAAAUCAAACACGGGGUACAAGUUUGUACUUUCAGCUCUGAUUUCCAGAAGGUUACAGAUGGCACUUCGUGAAACUGAUGCCCAUCAAGUUAAACAAUAACUCACUAUCCUACCUGUAUAGUAAUUUAUUAUAAAAACAACUUUUAGUGUACUAAUGCUCCUCGAGGCUGCACAUACAGCAAGCAAUGUGACUGAUUGCACUGGUGUGAUUGCACCAUCUGGUGCUGCCCUGCGUGGAAGCAUCAAAAGAUUUUUCCUUACCUCAGAGCAAAUUAUAUAAAUAUUUAAAGCUGAACAAGGUGGUUCCAACCAAUCCAGUCUAUCUCUGUCCAUGGUUAGCAGCAGCUUUUCCCCUUAGCUUUGGGCAAUUCCAGCAACCUCAACUGGUUUCCACAGGUUUAAGCUGACUUGCAAGUUAAUCAUGCUCUUAGUAACACCUCACAAGUGCAAACUUGGCUGAAUUUGUACAAAUUGUAUACCUAUGUACAUUAAGCCAUAUUGCAAUAACUGCAGCAGGCAAAAUGAAAUAACAAUAGCAUGACCUGUGUGAUCCUGAUUCUUACGUUUGUAGCUCCAAAGCUGUUAAUAAUAUGUAAAGUUAACUCUUGUCUGAACCUCCUUUAAAUAAAGCUAGCUUUACCACGAUGUAAAUUGUCUGUUGGUAGUAAUUGCACAGGUGAGUGCUUAAACUUGCCUGUUUACUCCACUAAUCCAGGGCCUAGGUAAGCAAUGCAACAAACUUAACUAUAAGACAAAUAGAAAAGCUGCUUCUUAUAACUGAUAGCUAAAAAAGCGCUGCACCCGAAACCACGCUAAUGGUGCAAGGAGCAUGCCUCCACAUAGAGAUACUAUUUUGUUCCCGUAUAUUCCUUUGGCCUCUGAAACUCUCAUUUGAGACUGUGGCUUCUGGCUUGUGCUGAAGAGCUUGAAGCUUUCUCUAAUCCAAUGUACUGGGUUACCAAAUCUGAUCUUGUGUUUUUAAGGUAGAUUUUCAUUGAUCAAAUAAAAUACAACUACAAAUUUG